AUGCCUAGGGAUAAGCGAAGCCGCAAGGGCUGUUUGACUUGUCGUCAGAGGCGGGUGAAGUGUGAUGCUUGCCGGUACGAUCAAAGAGUCCUUUGGGAAGAGGAUGCAUUUGUGCGAGGGAUUGCCUUUGGUCGGUCAGAACAGUACAAAAGGAUUAAACAGCAACAGAUCGAAAACUCAAGUGAGGAGUAUGAACAAACUCUGAGUCAACGGGUGGCGUCCGAUCACGUACCAUGGCUCCCCUUGCAAAACACUAAAAUUUUGUUCAUCAAUAUUACCGAGCAGGACUUUAACCACAUUUCGGAGCGCGAUGAUGAAACGGCUAGCACACCUUCCCCAACACCCAAACAACCUUGCAGCCCGCAGAUAUCACACCCAUUUCCUAGCACUUUUCCCACACCAUCGGAAGACGCCUUUCUCCUGGGCGCAUUGCAGGAAUUUGAGUAUCCUUAUUCCAUAGGUUCGCCCAGCGAGUUUGUGCUGGAACCUAAGAACAAGUCAUCGCUUGCCAACCUGGGGCCCCAAGAACGCGAGCUUCUGUUGUACUUCAUCAACUCCAUUUGCCCUGUCUGUGUGUGUUAUCCUGAUAAGUCUAAGAUCUCGUCCCACCCCCUUGAGUCAAUUGAUUCCUUUCGGUACAAGCUGAACCCCGAAACCAAUCCGUACCUUUAUCUAAUUGUUCCACUGGCUGCAGGUUCAACAAUGGUGUUGAACUCAAUCCUGGCCGCUAGCGCAUACCAGCUGUUUCUUCUAGGAAAAAAAGAGUUUGAAGAAAUAUCUGACAGGUACACAAAGCAGGUGCUGGGAGAACUUCCGCACGCCAUUGGAGAUAUACAUAACCUGGAUGAGAUCCUUGCAACGAUCAUAAUGCUCUGUUUCAAGGAGAUUUCCUCCAAUUGCGGUUCUGGCGCUCAAUGGACUACGCAUCUUGCCCAGGCAAAAGAGCUACUGAAAGAAACUCGCAUGCGCAAUAGUGAGAAUCCAUUGUUUAAAUUUUUCACCAGGUACUUUAUCAGCCACGAGGUGAUGGGGGAAACAGCUUGGGUUGGGGAGAACCAUUCAAACGACUCCAUGCCUCUUCCAAGAUUACCGCAACCCAUAUUCGACGACCCUCACUUGGAAACACUUCGUAAUGACGGUGAUACUCGAAUCGAUCUCGUUCUUGGCUGCAGCGCGUAUCUGAUCUCAAUAAUUCAUCGGAUUUCCAUGCUCGGUAAAUGCUAUGAGGACUUAGAACUGGAAACCUCACAAGCCAGCCGCGAUGCCAUUGAGUCGGAGAUUUGGAUCAGACGCGAACACCUCCAUCGAGAGCUUGAGGAACUUUGCCAGGAAUUCGAACCAACUCCGGAAGUUAGCGAAGAAGAUGCGCACUAUAUUGAAACAAUUGCCGAGAUAAAACGUCUCACAGCGAUCAUUUACUUAUUUGCUAGGAUCGACUUAGAAGCCGUUUACCAGCACGAUGGGAGAGUCUCAAAAUCCUUCUAUAAGAGACAUGCGGAUACACAGCAAAUUUCCAAACAUAUCGUGUCCCUCAUGAGGUCUCUGCCGGAUAUUUACAUGUCUCUGCUGUGGCCAUUAUUUGUCAUUGGGAUUGUAUCCACUGUGGCUGACGAGGAUAGAUGGUUUGUUCUGAAUGCUUUCACUACUUUACAGAAGACAAGAGAGCUUGGAAGCGUCCGAACAGCGUGCUCUGUCGUUACGAGCGUUUGGAAGGAGAAAGAUCUAGGGUGUGACCACAUACGUUGGAGAGAUAUGAUUCGAGAGAAGGCAAGUACAUUGAGUCUUGCAUAA